UCGUCAUCACCUCACCCCUUCGCUUUCCUUUAGGAGCCCUUCCUCACCACUAGUCCUACCCCGUCGUCAUCCUGCAAUAUCUCGGGUCAGCGUCGUAGUUUGACCUAGGCUCCUGGGUUCAUAUUCCCCUUCCUUUCCAUUAGGCUUAGCAGCGCACAAGCAACCUUUACUACUUGUGGUCAGUCACAGUCCUCCAGCCUUUGGUAGCAGCGAUUACCUAGCUUCCUAACUUCAUCGCCAUGACACGGGGUCAGCGACGCCCGCUGUGGGUAACAAGCGCGGGCCUCGCCGCCGUCGCCGUGCUUCUCGUUGCAGCCGCGUCCUUCGCUUCCGCAACCGAGCCCGAAAUUAUCCAGCUCCCCAGCGGCACGUGGAGCAUGAGCACCGUCGACACGAGCGACAAGAAUGCGGGCAUGGCGAACGACGCGGAGAACGAGGAGCGCGGGUACCUCCACUACAUGGCUACGGCCGUCAACAAGGGCCUCCAUCUCGCGCAAGCCGCCGCGUCGAUCCGCGACGUGAACGAAACCGCCGCCGCUGCCAUCCAGAGCGCCGCCGCGCUUCCCGCGGAUCAGCAGGCCUCCGCGGCGCAGGCCGAUGUGUACACGUCGAACAUGGGGCAGUAUCUUAAGUACCAUGGCGGGAAGAUGAUGACGGAGCCUAACGAGCUUAAGGUGUACGUUUUGUGGUACGGCCGCUGGACCAAGAAGCAGAAGCGCAUCAUCCGCCGGUUCCUGGUGUCGCUAGACCGCUCGAAGAAUAACUACCAGAAGUUUCCGACGGUGGUCGGGUGGUGGGCGAUUAACGUGCGGUAUUACACCAACGGCCAGAACCAGCGGACGACGCCGUACGUGAAGCUGUCGAAGGAGAUCAACGCUAAGUACAAGCUCGCGCCGCUGGGAACCGUUCUGAACCCCUUGACGCACGACAACGUCCGCGCGCUCCUCGCGAGCGCGUUCGACAAGAAGCAGAAGAACUACUUCCCCAUGGACCCUAACGCGGCGUAUUUGGUGCUCACCAGCCAGGACGUUUACGUGACGGAUUUCUGCAAGGGCCUGUGCGCGUACCACACGAGCGCGACCUUCAACGGCACCAAGCUCGCGUACGCGUUUGUGGGCAACCCCGCUAAGCAGUGCCCGCAGUACUGCACGUACCGGUACUUCGAUCCGACGUUCAGCGGCGUGAACGGCGACCUGGGCGCGGACUCGGUUGUGGACAAGAUCGGGCACGAGCUGUCGGAGCUUGUAACGAAUCCGUUCCAUGGGCGCAACGACAAGGCCGGGUGGGUCGUCGCCAAGUCGCAGAUCGAGAACGCGGACCUGUGCGAGUGGAGGUAUGGCCCGACUAAUUACGAGGAGGGUGGCAAGGUGUGGAACGUCAAGGGCUUCAACGGCACUAAAUUCCUGGUCCAGAUGAACUUUAAUGUCCGCAAGCGCGAGUGCGCGCUCCAGGGCGACGGGACUGUGCAGGCCGGCAUCCUGCCUUCCCCGUAGGCGUUCCCGAUUGGGGGGGCGUCUGAAAAGCGCGGAGUGGCUCUCCGCGGGGGAGUCGCGAGCUUUAAUGAGCAGGUUGAGCGGGACUCGGUCGGCAGAGGAAGAUCAGGGCAGUACAUGAUAGAGGCAUCUGGUAGUAGAGCUGGUCUAGCCAGGCGGUUCGUAGGAGAUUUUUUUGAUGAGGUUUUGAAAGGAAGGCGGAGCGGUUUAUCGGAGGGCGUUUAAGUCGAAGGUCCGCAAGGUGUAGGUCAUAAAGAGCGUGGCGCGGGACAGCUUGGAGUGCGUGUUAGGGGGCGGAGACUGCGGGGCUCGAAGAGGGGACGGGGGAAGUGGGUUGGUAACUGGUGGCGCGCUUAGUGGUGUGUGCUUAACUUCUGUGGGUAUUCGUCGUCUCUAUUGGAUCUAGGGAUGCCUCUCGCGCUGUGAAUAGCUUUUGUUAGUAGGGACUGCGGCAGAGUUCAGGAGGGAUGACCUUGUAGGAAUGUUCCUGGAGUGGGGUUCUGUUUUUGUGAUAAUUCUAGUUGCCUACGCUGUCUGCAGGUCUGAUUUCCAUGUGCAAUGCUUGUUAUUGAAGUGACCAUCUCAGUUGUAUCACUUGUGGA